UGAAUCUCACAGUGAAAUGUGAAAUGUAACAGCGUUGUCUCUGCGCCUUUAAAUCGUGAGAGGAAUCUCGGACGUCAUUUUGACUCAGAGACGUUUUUUCACCAUAUUGGACUGUGAAAUCUUGUUGAGGAUUUUUUUCCAAAAUUAGGAUUAUUCUCCAUUAGGACAGUUUUACAUCGGACUCCCGGACUGAUUCACUGAAACCGACACAUGCACAUUCACCGCUAUCAAACUGAAACCUGACAGUCAGUGGAGAACACGAAGCCGUCAUGUCGUCCCUCAGGAGCGUCCUCGCUUGCUUAAUGCUGCUUGUCUCAAUCUGCCAGGCAAACACUGGCGGUCUGAGGGCCAGCACCACCACCACCCAGGGGAAAGGGUUGCUGACCAACGCGGUAGUGGGACUGGCAGCGGUGGCCGGCUUCCUCUUCAUCGUCUUCAUCCUCCUCAUUCUGAAAAGGGUGUUUUUCAAGAAAGACACGGAUGAACAGGAUCCUGAACUGGAGGUGUGUGUAGGAAACGAAAACAAAGCAUUCGAGGUGGAGACACAAGAAGGAGUGAAAUGCACCAACCUGUAAUUUAAAGGGAACACACAUUAAACUCGGAGCACUUCAUUACAACGUCUAGCGGAUGUCUGAUGUGGACUUUGUGUGAAUGCUGUAAAGUACAAGGUUGUUGCUUGAAUGAAGGAUAUACAAUGGAUUCGUUCUUUUAUACUAAAUGACCAUGUGUACAGCUAAAGA